AUGCCACCAACAGCUAUCCUUCCCGGCCACACAUACAUCCAUAUCACGUCGCGCGUCUCUCCUGAAGAUCUCUCGAAGAGCCUCACCGACUCGCCGGUCAAGCUCGAAUACCGUGGGCCCGUCGGCGAACUCGAGGGGGAACAUGUGUUCGAGGUCGUCGGGGCCGCCGAAUCCGACGUGUGGAAGCGCGAUCACGCCGACGUCCUCCAGAACAUGCGCAAGAAGGACGGAAUUAAGGGUGCGACAGUGCUCGAGGCCAAGCAGCGCGCAAAACGUGACGAGUUCUAG